AUGGCAGAGGUCUUUGGAAUAGUGACCGGUGCCAUCGGCCUCGAGGGUCUCUUCCAGGAAUGCAUAGAAUGCUUCGAGUAUGUGCAGUUGGGUCGAGAUUUCGUCCAAGACUUUGGCCGGUAUCAGUUGAAGCUGGACAUCGCCGAACGGAGAAUAGAUCGAUGGGGAGAAGCUGUCAACAUCGACGAGAACCCUCGAUUCAGCACCCGGGCCGGAGAUGAUACAUUGGUUCAAGAGGUUGAAGCCAUCCUAGAAGAGAUUGCUCUACUCUUCCAGACUAUCCAAAAGUCCUCCAAGUGCUACACGAUCAAGGCCCCCAAGGAUGAUUUGGAAUGCCUUACCGAAGCGAACCUGCAGCCCGUGUUCCGUCGCCUCCGUGCUGGAUGGACCAAUGCUGCUCGUCGUCCCAGUCAGAAAAAAGUCAACUUGGCUAAAAAGGCCUCAUGGGCGCUCUACGAUGCAAAAAACUUUGAGAAGUUGAUUGAGCAGAUAUCGGGGUUUUUGGAUGACCUAGAGAGCCUCUUCCCUGCCGAAGAGCUUAAUCGUCGUCGUCUUGUCAACCUGGAGAUUAAGGAUAUGGCCGACGAGGAGAGUCUGACAGUUUUGCAUCAGACUGCAAUUGAGGCCGACCCUCUCCUGGCGGAUAUGGUCAAGGAGAAGGUCAAAAUCAUCAAUGUGAGAACUCCGUGA